CAACGACGUCCACACGGUGGCGCUCGCGCGACAGCUUGACACAAACGUUUUGUUGACGGAAGUUCCUGCGGAAGAAAUAGAAGCAACAAUGGUGCGGGUGAAGUCGAGGUAUCUGUUGUGUGAGAUAAACGUCUCUGACAGGCGCGACCUGCUGAAGCUGGACGAACGAGCUGUUUUGGGGACCGUGAAGGCAACGGUGGCCCGCAUUCACGGUGUCUACGGGACAGCUCUCUGCAGCUACCGAUUCUUUGUGAAAUAUCUGAACGCCUACACUGGAAUUGUAUUUCUCCGUUUCCCGAAAAGCUGUUACAAACUCCUCUGGUCUGCUCUGCCAUUCAUUACAAGUAUUGAAUGUCGUGGACGAAUAAUCCCAUGUUUCUUCAACUGUUUGCACGUUGGAGGAACAAUCAGAACAUGUCAGAAGUUUUUGAUCCGAUACAACACCCGGCAGCUCCAUCGAAUGCUCCCGAAAUGUAAAGAUGAAGAGGAAAAAAGGCAGAUUCAAGAAGCAAUUCUAAGCUGCUCUCUAACAGGUGGAGGCGAUGAAGCAUUGGAGGAGGACGAGCGUGAGAGCGAAGAGGAGGAUGGAGAGUAGUCGACCAAGAAUCUCUUUUAUUUCGUUUCAUAGGAUUUUUCAGUGACUAUGUAAACAUCGAACUUUGAAUAAUCAUGGAGACCUAACAGCAGCAUGGCUAAUAUUCUACAAUUUCACUUGAAAGUAUGUCAGCAUAAAAAUAUCAGUUACGUGGCAUGCUAAAAAUAAUAUUGUAAUCUAGUUUUAAGUUUGACAUUUUUAUGUAAGAAAGGUGUUUAUGUUUUGUCUAUGAAAUUUUGUUUGUCAUAGUAUGUAAUUAUUUAUCUUUUACAUUAUUUUCUGCACAAACUCACAAAAACCAGCCGUGGAUUCAGUGGCGUUUACUGGUAAAUAAAACAGUAGAAGCAAACGGCUAGAUUUUUUUAUAGCAAUAGAA